AUGAUGCCAAGUGAGUUGGUGGACCUGUAUGUGCCUUGGAAGUGCUCCGCCAGCCACAGCAUCAUCCGUGCCAAGAACCAUGUGUCCAUCCAGGUGAAUGUGGUGGAGGUGGACAAGGUCACAGGCAUGUUCAACAGUCAGUUUAAAACCUACGCCAUCUGUGGGGCCAUUCACAGGAUGGGUGAGUCAGAUGAUUCUAUUCUCUGA